UGAACAUCAUGAGGAUAUAUUACACUUUCUUCAUGUGUUUAUGUUUGGUUUUAAAUCCAUGUGAAGCUGCUUCAACCUUCAUUUCGCAUCAAUGGGUUGUCUCUUAUUCCCAACGUUCGCUUCUUGGAGCCGAAAAACAGAUCAUAGUGAUCAAUGGCAUGUUCCCCGGACCGCUUCUCAACGGGACAACAAACGACGUUUUCAACAUCAACGUUCACAACAACUUGACCGAACCCUUUCUCAUCACAUGGAAUGGCGUUCAAAUGAGGAGAAAUUCAUGGCAAGACGGCGUACGAGGAACAAACUGCCCGAUACCUCCCGGAAAGAAUUGGACCUAUAAUUUUCAGAUAAAGGAUCAGAUCGGAAGUUACUUUUACUUCCCUUUUCUUCUCCUGCAAAAAGCCGCCGGAGGGUUCGGUCCGAUCCGUCUCAACAAUCUAGAUUCCGUCCCGCCGCCGUUCCCUCGCCCCGACGGCGAGUUCGACGUCUUGAUCGGAGAUUGGUUCAAUUCUGAUCAUAGGGAUCUAAGGGCUUCACUUGACACAGGGAUCAGUUUGCCGAUGCCUGAUGGUAUUCUUAUCAAUGGGCUUGGGCCCAAAGAGGCUGUCUUUGAUUUUGAACCUGGUAAGACAUAUAGGUUGAGAAUAUCAAAUGUGGGGUUAAAAACAUCGUUAAACUUCAGGAUUCAGGGACACGACAUGCUUCUCGUUGAGACAGAAGGUUCAUAUGUUCAGAAACAGCAUUAUGACAGCUUGGAUGUCCACGUGGGCCAAUCGUAUUCCGUUCUCGUCACCGCCAAGGAAAAAAUCUCCAACACAUCCUACUACAUGAUUGCCACUUCCCGGUUUACCGAAUUCAACAUGUCCGGUUUAGGUUUGGUUCGUUACCCGAAUUCCACUCAUAACCCGGUCGGACCGGUUCCUCCCGCUCCUGGGCCUUAUGACUACGCCUUCUCCGUUCAACAGGCCCAAUCAAUAAGGUUGGAUUUAAACGUUGGAGCGGCGAGACAGAAUGCGCAAGGCUCGUUCCAUUACGCAGACAUCAACGUCUCAAGAACGUUAGUCCUACGAAACGACGUCGUGCUAAAUUGGGAGAAACUCCGUUACACAGUUAACGGCAUCUCUUUCGUACACCCUGAAACGCCGUUAAAGCUCGCCGAUCAUUUCCAACUAAAUGACACAUUUACCCCUGAUCUCUUUCGAGACUUUCCUCCCGAAACCCCCCCGAGUUUGGGCACGGCCGUAGUUGAUGUCUUGUACGAAAGUUUCCUCCACAUAGUGCUCGAGAACCCUCUCGAGGAUUUGCAGAGUUGGCACAUGGAUGGACACAAUUUCUUCGUCGUCGGAAUGGGAUUUGGAGCAUGGUCGUGGAGCAAUGGUGUGACAUAUAACCUAGUCGAUGCAAUUUCUCGGUCCACAGUCCAGGUGUAUCCAUAUUCAUGGACCGCGAUUCUUGUAGCAAUGGAUAACCAAGGGAUGUGGAACGUGAGAUCCCAAACCGUAGAGAAUUGGUUUUUGGGACAAGAGCUUUACUUCAGAGUAAAAGGCGAAGGACAAGAGAAUCCAAAGAAUAUUCCGGUCAGAGACGAAUCUCCGAUACCGGAAAAUUUCCUCCGAUGCGGCAAAGUUCCUCCUCCGUGA